GGCGGCGGCUGUCCAGAACGACCGCGGGCGCCUUUCACGUGACUCGUCUCCUGUGAAAAGAUCCGUGCGGGAGCCGCCAGGGCUUCUCCGCCGAUUGCCCCAAAAGUCAUGCCCGCUUAAAAACCUGCCGAAAUAAGGGAAAGAGGGCAAGAGAGAGAAAGAGAGAGAGAGAGAAAAAAGGAGGCUUGGCGCGGCCGGAGUCGACUUAGACAGCCCGCCAAGAGAGCCACCUGCCGGCGCGAUGACCCAGAGGAGGGGCGACCAGGUGAGAAUCCCACCUGGGGCGACUGGCUUGUACAGAGCGGUGCUAGUCAAAUCAGCAUCUAUGUAUUCAGAGAUACCAUCAGAGAGGCCUGAUAUUGGGAAUAUCAUGACUCAUCCUGAUUAUCUUGAUGGAAACCCGGAUCUUAUCAAACCUAAAAAGUUGCUCAAUCCUGUCAGAGCCUCAAAGAGCCACCAAGAACUUCACCGGGAACUACUUAUGAAUCACAGAAGAUGAGUUGAGAUUUCCCAAAACCUCAUAGAAAUGUACAUAUUGUAUAUCUGUAGAUGAAAGGCAAGUGACGGACGCAUCAAGAGCUAUCUAGAUGAAAAGAGGGAGACGUUCGGGCCAAUAUCCUGUUAGAUUCUCAGCCAUAUCCGCUAGCAUUAUUUGUUUUAUGAAACACAACUUUCCUUUGCAAAAACUAGACAAGUAGGAAAUCGAGUGAGUCAUCCAGACCUAAUAAAAAAGGCCUGAUGUGAUGGGAGUUUGAUUAAAAAAUAAAAUCUCAAAAUGCAUUCUGACAUUAAAAGGAGGGCUGCUGAUCUAUAUCUUCUUAAUAACA